GAGAGGAGCGAACCGCAGUUCCAGGAACCGCACUGAUAUGGUGCGGGAUCCAUACCCUGCUCGAAGGCAAGCCAUCAGCUGGCGCAUUGUUCUGUGCUUGUUCUAGCUUGAUUCAAACAGUGAAGUGUUAACUCAGGAACAUCACAAGUUGCCUGAAAAUGCUGACACAGGCAGAGCUACCAAUAACUUCACAGUGCAAAAGCAACUGCCUACCCAGCCUCCAAAGGAACAAACGUAUAUAGACAUGCUACUGGGAGAUAGUGCUAAGGUGAAACAUCCAGGUCAAGUUUGCCAUAGUGAAAUCAUUGUGCCUGACUCUAGUGCUGGCUCAGGUCCACGGUUUUCAGUUGCUCCAGUGUACACUUCUGCUACUUCGACUUUUCCUGAACCAGUGGAAAUAGAGGAGGCAUGCAAUCGUGCAUUGGUUGACCCAGACCAAGAAGUUGGCUACCGACUCUGGCAUCAGUCGUUUGAGGAUCUUAAGAAUCAGUAUGCUCUUCAUGUUGAGGUGGCAUAUCCUGGGAGACUUCCACCAGAUACAAAGGAUCCUGGACAUGGAACGAUUGCUGGUUUUUCUCAAACCCAACAUUCUAGUGGCAGACCGGGCAAUAUCCACAACUCUGGCCAUGUACCGAACAACAGAAACUUUGAGUUCCAUUACCUUCUUGACCAGAUAAACAAUCCACUGAACCAUUCAAUGCAGCUCAUUCAUAUCAAGGGUCAUGUACCUUCUCUCAGUGUUGAUCCAGCUGGGAGCCGCUUUAUUCAAAAGAUGCUCGACACAGCAACUACUGGAGAAAUAACUAUGCUGUAUAAAGAAAUUGUGCCUCGCGUUUGCACACUGGCAAAAGACGCCUUUGGCAACUAUGUCAUCCAGGAGCUUCUUGAGCAUGGACCGCCAAUUUACAUUAGGAAACUGAUUGGUCAUCUAUUCGGGCAGAUGUUAGGCCUAAGCCUUGACGUCUAUGGUUGUCGAGUGAUCCAGAAGGUUUUUGAAAUAAGCGACAUUGAUCAGCAGAUAGAGAUGGCCAAGGAGCUUGGUAGCAACCUGUUGAAAUGUUCAUGUGACCAACAUGCAAACCACGUUGUUCAGAAAUGCAUAGAGUGUGUGCCAGCACAGUGUAACCGAUUCCUCUAUAGAAGCUUAUGUGGGAAGGUCAAAAUGUUGUCUUCCCAUCCUUACGGAUGCCGUGUUGUUCAGAAAGUGCUGGGGUUCUGCAAGGAUCUACAGAUCCUUUGUGCUUUAGUCAAGGAAAUUGUCGAAUGUGCCAACGAGCUGUCGGUUGACCCGUUUGGAAACUACGUUGUGCAGUACAUUGUGGAGCAUGGAGGGCCCCACACCCGGGGAGCCAUUCUGCGGAAGUUUGCAGGGCGGAUUGUGCACAUGAGCUGCCAGAAGCACUCUUCCAAUGUCAUUGAGAAGUGCCUAAUCCACGGCAGCCGCCACGCUCGCCAGCGGAUCAUAAAUGAGACCCUCUAUGCAGUGGGUGCUGGGAAUGCUGAUCAUCUCCUGGGUAUGAUGAUCGACCAGUAUGCCAACUAUGUGGUGCAGAGGAUGAUCAGCGUGGCGGACAAGUGGCAGUUCAAGGUGAUCAUAGACGUGGUGCGGCGCAAUGUGGGCGAGCUGGUGACAUACACCCAGGGGAGGCACGUGAUCAAGCAGGCCGAGAAGCUCGUCAAUGCUAGGGCGAGGCUCCAUCGCUCUCUGGUGUGAGAUCAUAGAAGCAAUAAUCUACCCACCAUACAAUCCCCGAAUCCUGAACCCGUAAGUGCCGCAACACAGGAAGAAAUGCACCGGGAAGCUAGCCUGGAAUAUCAUGCUCCUUGUAAGGAUUUUACUUGAAUACACAACACUGCGCGUCUAUGCAUCAAUUCCUAGAUUGGUGUAGGAAUUG